CCGCGUUGCGUCAUCAACACGCUGCCGGAAGUAAUUCUGCGCAGUGCGCAUGUUGGCAUCCUCACGACGUACAGCAAAAAGAAUCACCUUUAAUGAUGAAGCACGUGUUUUUGACAGGCCCACCUGGUGUGGGUAAGACGACCCUGGUGAAGAAAGUGUGUGAAGCUUUGGUCUCCGCAAGGGUCACCGUCAAUGGCUUUUACACAGAGGAGGUGAGAGAGAGCGGGAGGAGAGUGGGCUUUGAUGUGGUCACGGUCACAGGUGAUAUAGGACGUCUGUCCAGGGUCAGCUCCGACCCGGCGGCUGGAAGACGUGAAUACAGAGUCGGCCAGUACGCCGUUGAUCUUCAGUCGUUUGAAAGUCUUGUGCUCCCUCUUUUCAGAGACACGCGAGAGGGAAGCAGAAGGGUGUUUGUCAUCGAUGAGAUCGGAAAGAUGGAGCUGUUCAGUCAAGCGUUUAUCCGGGCGGUGAGACAGACUCUAGACACCUCCAGCUGUUCUAUCGUGGGCACCAUCCCGGUUCCUAAAGGAAAACCUCUGGUGCUGGUGGAGGAAGUGCGCGCCCGACAAGAUGUCAAGAUCUUUACGGUCACAAAAGAAAACCGAGACUCGUUGUGUGAUGACAUUGUUUCUGCUCUUCAGGAGUGCCUCAAAUAAACAAGAAAACAGAACACUUGACAUUUAUUUACGUUUUUUGUUCAGAAUUCAUCAGGCUCAGUAAACCAUCUGUUCAUUCCCUCACACGGGUAAAAUGUUGCCUCUGAUGGAUCGACCUCAUCAUUAUCGAUUCAGAGCGAGAUCAUUGGAGAAGCGAGCGUGAGAGCCGUGUGGAUAAAGAGAUCCAGGAGAAAUGACUGAGAUGAAACCUUGUGGACAUUUGUCAGCCCUUAAAUGUUUUCACCCGUCUUUAGUUGGACAAAUAGUCUGUGAGUUUGUCGACUGUUCCGUUCACAUUGACGAGUGUUUCCUGUGUUUACGGUCCCCACUGGACAGGAAAUAAAUUUUGAUUUAAAGAGACAUACUGACAGGCUUCCAGAUGUUUUAUAUUAAAUAUGAAAACGUGGACUUUAAUGUUGUUUAUUUCUUUUGUAGGCUAUUAAAGAUCAAAUCAGAUUUAA